GGGGUGGGGGCUCGAGGUUGGUUCGCCGUCGGGGGGUCCGGGCGGCCAUGGGGAAAGUUCAGGAGUUGAGCAUCACUUUGAAGAACAGCAAAGUGGUGUACGGGCCCGGGGAGUUCAUCUCGGGGGAGGUGGGCUUCAAGCUGGCGGCCCACCUCAACUUCAGAGCUGUAAAAGUGAACUGCAUUGGAUCUUGCGGUGUGUCCAACAAAGCAAAUGACACAGUAUGGCAGGCAGAGGAGCAGUAUUUCAGCAGUACACUUGUUGUCGCAGAAAAAGCGUCUUUGUCAGCUGGGGAAUACACGUAUCCAUUCCAGUUUCUCCUUCCAGCAACUGCUCCGACUUCAUUUGAAGGUCCCUUUGGGAAGAUAAGUUAUCGCAUUAGAGCUACAGUUGAAACUCCUCGCUUCUCAAAAGAUUACAAAGCUGAGAAAGUGUUUUACAUUCUUAAUCUGCUCAACCUAAAUGAGAUCAAUGACAUUGAGCAACCGAAUGUCAUGCAUGUGAAUAAGAAGUUCAGCUACAUGCUUGUGAAGAGUGGGACUGCGUCUUUAACAGUGAGCACUGACCUUAAAGGCUACACUUCAGGACAGAUCAUACAGCUGACUACAGCUAUCCAAAACCAGUCUGGGAAAGACUUGGGUAACAUUGUGGCCAGUCUCAUCCAGAAAGCGACCUAUAAAUCAAAGCGCGCCAUCUAUGACCUGCGAACAAUCGCAGAAGUUGAAGGAUCAGGAGUGAAGUCUUGGAAGCAAGCAGAAUGGAGAGAGCAGAUCAUUGUGCCACCGUUACCUCAGUCAUCUCUGCAUGGUUGCAAUCUAAUACAAAUUGAUUACUUAAUUCAGGUUUCUAUCCGAUCGCCGGAGAUAUUAGUCAGUUUGCCAAUUUAUAUUGGAAACAUUGCCGUGAACAGUCCGCCACUUACUCCCUCCAGAGAACUCCAGUGUGCUUCACCCUUGGUCGUCCCCACAGCCCCUCCAGUUGAAGACGAUAGUGCUAGUGGUCAUCAGCCCAUGGACCGUGUAGUUCUUCCAACCAAAAGCCACUCUCAGCAACAGACAUCACCUCAUGCAUUCAGUUACACGUCUGGGAUGAACUUGCCAGACUGUGAGAGUGGCACUGGUGGACAUCUUCCGGGUCCCAUGCUUUGUGUUUCAACUGGUGCUACAGUCCCUUACUAUGCAGAUGGCCCCGUGGUCACAGUUCCUUCUGAAAAUACCUUGAUCCUACCUCCUGAAUAUAGUUCAACAUGGGGAUAUCCAUACGAUCCACCCCCAACAUAUGAGGAGAGCUGCAGUAGUGCAAACUCCAGCAUGAGCACAGGAAAUUAAAGUGCUGAUUCAAACCUUUGAAAGAAACUGAGGUAAUACUACUCCUGUGCAGGAAUGCCUUCUGAAGUUUUUUUUCAGGAAAACACAAGCAAACAUUACAGCACUUCAGAAGAGUUUGGGAUUGAAGAUUGCAGGAAUGUGUGAUGUCUAGAUGGAUAGUUGAGCCACAAAAAUCUUUUCAGCUAGCAUUAAUCUGUGAUGAAUGGAAGCCUGCACAUGCUACCUAUGAACUACUUUCACAGUGUCUUUGCUCAGACACUGACUGUUUUACUGUUGUGUACCACGCUUUUCGGGAUGGUAUCGACUCCGAAUACCAAGUCAAGAAUGUUAAAAGACCAUGGAUAUAAAUAAGUGCAGAAUGCCUCCAACUUCACAUAAAUGCAUUAUCCUCUUAAUGUUAUGCGACAGCUGCACCUUAACCAUAAUUAUGGGUGAAUUGAAUGACCUUUUCACAAUCAGUCUCGUCGCUGAGUAGCCAUGCCGCUAAUACUGAAGGCUGCUCGCAGGCAACUCUGGGUGAUUAAAAAUCCAAGGUGCAGUAAUGAUUGCUCUUUAGAAUGCGAGUUAUAGAACUGGAAGGUCUUGUUCCAGAUGUUGAUGCAGAAAAGCAAUCGUGACAUGAGUCUAGCCGCACCUUUGCUCCGGUAUUGAUGGAAUGAUAAAGAUAAGAUUUGUCUGACGUAAUAACCCGGACAGGGUUGUUGGCAGUUCAUGGAUGGAAGGAGUACUCAUUAUAUGGCCCACAGACCAACUGACAGAUCCACAGCUGCACUUCCCCGUUCUCCCUCACCUGCUCACACUCCUGAUUUAGAUCAGAAGCCCGAUCCACUCUUGCACUCCAGAUAAAUACAGCACAGAAACAUAAAUGAAAAGCUUCUCAUAGCGUUACAGGCCUUGGGAUUCUCCAAUAGAAGAGCCUUCCAUGUUUUUAAAGGAGGCUGAGAAACUGAGUGCCUUGUACAUCUAACAACUAGAGCUGACUCUGGAUCCAAUUAAUGCGGGGCAUUAGUAUUUUUUAUUAGUACUGAGCACUAAUAUCGCACAGUUACCUUAGUCCAUCUGGAUCUUUGACAAAAUGUAAUGAGUACCGCUGAUUACAUGGUAAACGUUCCACUUACUGAUGAGAAUAAAUAAAUCCAAUAUCCUUACAGUUUGAAGUGCUAUUAAGUUGCACCUUUAUACAAUCGUGAUUUCACAAGAUGCUCUGUAUAAAUUGGAAUAUGUUUUGGUAACCGUGCGAUGCAUCUUUAAUCUAGCACAACACACACAACAGGUAUAAAUUCCUGCCGAAUAUCUUUUUAAUUACUAUUCUCAAAGCCUUACUGAAACCAGCCCGGAGCCAAACUACUUGCUGAAAAUGUUGACUUUGCAAUUUUUNCUACUAUUUGAAAUGUUCAGGAUUUUAAAUUUUUUGUGUGCGUGUGCAAAAUGUGUGAAAUAAUCUUGUUGAAUCUCCAUAUAAGCACAGGUUGGGUUUGGAAAGAUGCCUUGCUGGUUGAACUGAGAUUCCUGCUUCUAUGAAACUUAGCAAUCUGCAGCAAGUGACUGCAUUUAUAAUGGUUAAAAUGCUGGAAAAUGAUUCUUAGCACACAGGAAGUGGAAUUGCUAGUUUUGGUGACUGUAUGUCCAAAACUGAUUAAAACGGUAACAUUAUUCAUGGUAA